GCUCCUCAGAGCAGCGCGGCGCCUUCGGAGCAAAACGCGGAGCAGCACCUAAUUUUUGCAGUGUGUCGGUGGCCUUGGCGUGGAAGGCCCAUUAUUUACACUAAAUUGAGCGUUAGUCUGCACUUCUGACCAUUCGUCAUGGGCACGCAAGUCGGCAUCUUCAGCACGAUCGACUACGCGCUUUUUGUUGUGUUGAUGCUCGCCUCGUCGCUGAUCGGCGUUUACUUUGGAUUUUUCGCCAAGAAGAAGCAAAAUAGCCGCGAUGAGUACCUCGUCGGCAGUAAGAACAUGUCAUUUUUCCCUAUCCUCAUGUCACUCAUUGCCAGCGCAACAUCUGGUGUCACUUUAUUGGGAGUGCCGACGGAAAUCUACACCUACGGCACCCAAUACGUGAUGCACGUUUUCACGGAAGUUUUAGUUUGCGUGGUGACCGCUUGGCUAUUUGUGCCCGUCUACUACAAACUUCAAGUGGCAACCACGUACGAAUACUUGGAGCUGAGGUACGGAAAGUCCGUCAAGUACGUUUUGUCGGGAAUGUAUUGCAUCUUUACUAAUUUAUACACUCCAAUGGUGGUCUACGCACCCGCACUUGCACUGAGCCAAGUCACUGGAAUAAACAUUUACGUGAUCUCCACACUCACAACGUGCAUUUGCGUUUUUUACACUUGCGUUGGUGGAUUUCGGGCGGUUGUUUGGACGGACACUUUGCAAACAUUUGCGAUGAUAAUUGGGGUUGGAGUCGUGGUUGUCUUGGGCACCAUCGAGGUUGGCGGAGUGGGGGAGGUUUUCCGAAGGGCAGACGAAAGCGGCCGACUCGUCUUUUUCAACAUGGAUCCAAGUCCUUUCGCUUACUACACAUUUUGGAAUGUGAUCGCUGGCGGAUUCUUUGGGUGGUUGGCGGGGAUGGCGAGCAACCAGGCGGCUCUGCAGCGCUGCUUGGCCUUGCCGACUUUGGAAAAAGCUCAACGAGCAACAAUUAUCACUUCUUUUGGUUCGGCACUCUUUGUGCUCUUCAGUGUUUACACGGGAAUUACUCUAUACGCAAGAUAUCAAGAUUGUGACCCGUUAGUGUCGGAGCAAAUUUCAAAAAUGGACCAAAUCCUGCCACUGUUCAUCGCCGACAUUGGCGGUUCGAUUCCUGGGAUUGCGGGCAUCUUUGUGGCUGGAAUUUUCAGCGCUGCUUUGAGUUCACUCUCAACAACGUUAAAUUCGGUUUCUGGAGUUUUUCUUAACGACGUGAUUAAUCCUAUGCUUAAGGAGCCUUUGAGUGAGAAGCACGCGAGCUGGGUUUUGAAAGGAUUGGUCUUGGUGUUUGGACUUUUGGCAAUGGGUCUCGUAUUUAUUCUUCCCUACCUUGGAACGAUAUUCCAGGUUACGAGAAUUUUAGGUGGAGUGACCGUUGGCGCGCGACUUGGAAUAUUUUUGUUCGGAGUUCUUAUUCCUUGGUUCAAUGAGAAGGCUGUGAUAACCGGUGGAAUUACAAGUGCCUUGCUGAUGUCAGGCAUCAUCAUCGGCAACGGCCGCGCCAUCGCGUCCAAGGACUUGGUUUGGCCCAAAAUGCCAAUUUCCGUCGAGGGCUGCGACUCGACGCUCGUCUCGCAUCUCAACACGAGUUACAUUUACGAGUCGGCGUACUUGGACGGGGUCAACAACGACGUUUUCUGGCUCUUCCGCAUCGCCUACAGAAACAACGUGAUGAUCAGUUUUCUCAUCAUGACGGUCGCCACGUGCGUGGCGUCGUGCUUUUUCGGGACGAACGACCCCAGGGACAUGGACCACGACCUUUUCAGUCCGUGCAUCAGACGGUUUUUGCCGGCGUCCAGGCUGACGAAGCAGGACAAGCAGGUGACUUCAAGUGAGGGGGAAGAACUUGAAGAACAGGUAACGAAUGAAACUAAUUCUAAGAUUCUAUUUCGAAGACCAGACGUACACAAUUUUUUUCCUGGAUUAGAAGACGGCUCGAAACAGACACAAAUUUACCACCUCCAAUCAAGAAUAUAAAAUAAAUCAAAAUCUUAUAUACAAAUUUGUUUAAAAUGAUGUCAUUAAUUAAUUAGUACUAUUGCGAUCGUGAUAAAAACUCCGCCCAAAUUUAAAUUCCAGACGGAUAAUCCUAGUUCUUCUAAAAAUGACCUGCCAACCAGAAGAAUAUUUACCGAAUCCGCGGUGUAAUAUUGAGGAACAAAAGUUUGAUCAAAAUCAUAAUAUAUUUAUUUGUGCUCUUAAUAAAUGAAGUAAAUAUAAGAUUAUUAUAUAAGAAGCCUUGCAUUAUAUUAAUUAACCUAAACGUGCAUGAAGUUAAUAUUAGUCAGACUCAUAGUGUAACUUAUUGAUUGUAAAUAAUGAUAAGCAUAAUAUUUAUAUAAAAGUUUAAAACUCGGCGGCAUCUUUUCCGGCGA